AUUUCACUGUCUCCUCCUCCUCCUCCUCCUCCUCAUCCUCAUCAUCAUCCUCUUCCCUGCUACUCCAACUUUCCUGCACAUCUUGAUGUUAUAGGCAGGACACAGCAAACCUGAUAGUAAAGAGAGGAGAGAGGGUCUUUUGUCAACGCCCCUCUCCCGUUUCUUUUUGUUUUUUUUUUGAAGCAGUCUUGGUGCAGGACUGCAUGCUCGGCGCACCUGCAGCCUAGUCCGAACCCGGACUAAGCUGCUCUGCUUUUGGAAGCUUUAAAUUGCUGCAAAAAGAAGAAACCCGAGGAGGAUGUAAUUGCAUUUAAGAAUGGACGUUUUGAGGUGGACGCGUGAGCAGGAGAGCACAAUACGGGUAACCCUCAAGCUCCCAGGCCUCUGGAAGAGGACCCAAGCUUGAAGCAGAUACCACCCGGGUGGGCAAGAAAACAAAGAACGAGUGAGAAUAUCUUCAAGACUGACCUUGUGCAUGCAGGCUUGUUCCACACGAUGAUCCGAACAGCGCUGGGUGAGGGCAAAUGGAUGAUCUUGAUCCGCUGCUCCGGAGGUGUGGCUUGACACGAGACCGAGUAUACGGCAGAAAAAGCGAGGACACGCCUGUAGGGCGACUCGCUGUCAGCCAGCGCAUUGAUCCCGAGAUCAGCCCGAGACCUCAACAAGGUCAAAAUCCAAUGUCCAUCAACAUGACUCAUCCAAGAUCGAAACAAGAGAGACUGGAGCUAUCGCUUCCUUCCAGAAGUGGAUGUGACUAAGAGACACCUGCAGUGCCUUGGUCCUCCCUUCCCUUCCUUUCCUGAAGCUCAAUGUUGCUUUGUUUUAAGAGUCAUUUGUAGAAGAAUCCCUUCCCAACUCUUUAAAUCAGUCUCCCUUGAUGCAGAGUGAGCCCUGCCCUCUACAACCUCCGACAGGUUAAAGCUCCCUCCUCCAAGAUGGACAGUCCAGCAAGGGCUCCUCUUGGUGGAUUCGGCACCACCACUGCCACCUCCUCCCUGGAUGUCACCGGAUGGACAUCUUGGCCAGGGAACAGCUCCAUGGAGCUCAACCAGAGCCUCGUCAUUGCGGCCGGACUCGGGGGCGUGGGCGCAGCAGCAGCCAUGAGCGCGGGCGUGGACAACCUGACUCGAGAGGACGUCACCAGCUUGGCCAUGAAGGAGAAGAACUGGCCGGCGCUGCUCAUCCUAGUCAUCAUUGCACUGACCGUCGGUGGCAACAUCCUGGUCAUCCUGGCUGUGUCACUGGAGAAGAAGCUCCAAAACGCCACCAAUUUCUUUCUGCGGUCCUUGGCGGUGGCUGACAUGCUGGUGGGCAUCCUGGUCAUGCCCAUCUCCCUUAUCAACAUCCUAUAUGACUACGCCUGGCCUCUACCCAGCGCUUUGUGCCCCAUCUGGAUCUACUUGGAUGUGCUCUUCUCCACCGCCUCCAUCAUGCACUUGUGCGCCAUCUCCCUGGACCGCUACGUGGCCAUCCGCAACCCGAUUGAGCACAGCCGCUUCAACUCCAGGACCAAAGCCAUGAUGAAGAUUGCAGCCGUCUGGACCAUAUCCAUAGGUGUUUCCAUGCCCAUCCCGGUGAUCGGCCUUCACAACGAGGACAAGGUUUUCGUCAAUGGCAGCUGUGUGCUCAAUGAGGAGCGCUUCAUUCUGAUUGGCUCCUUCGUGGCCUUCUUCAUCCCGCUGGUCAUCAUGGUGGUGACGUACGGCCUCACCAUCCAGGUGCUGCAGAGGCAGGCGACUGUCUUCCUUUGUGAGGCCAAGACGUCCUCCCAGCAGCCUUUGCAGCCGCCCGCCAUCAGCGUCACCUUGCAGGCUCCCACCUUCCACAUCCCGCAGAUCCACACGCACGCCCCGCCGGAACCACAAGAGCUGAAACCGCCGGCCACGCAGACCCGCCGCAACUCCCUGAGCUGUCUAAGGGGGGCGGAGCCUGGCAUGCUACUCAGCGCCUCCACGUCGGAGAGCAUCAGCAUCGUUCCCAGCUCGGAAGCCGCGUCGCAGCUGAGCUCUCCAGCCGCCGGGCCCGGGAGGAGCGAUGCCUCAGGUUGCCAUGGGCGGCGGGGGAUGAUGCAGGCUAUCAAGAACGAGAGGCGGGCCUCCAAGGUGCUCGGGAUCGUCUUCUUCCUCUUCCUCAUCAUGUGGUGCCCCUUCUUUAUCACCAACGUCACCUUCGUGCUGUGCGGCGGCUCCUGCAACGAGUCCCUGCUGCACGACCUGCUCAACGUCUUUGUGUGGGUGGGCUACAUCUCGUCGGGGGUCAACCCGCUGGUCUACACGCUCUUCAACAAGACCUACAGGAGAGCCUUCUCCAGCUACAUCCGCUGCCGCUAUAACGUGGGCGCCAAUGCGGCGGCGCAGGGCGGGAAGAACCCACUGGGCGGUGCGACCACGUCGUCGUGUCCCUCGCACGCCGUCACGCCCCUGCUGGCGGACAGUCACAGGAAGGAGGGCGUGGACCGCAACAGUAACUGUCGCAACGGCGGGCGGGGGGGCAACGGGCGGCUAGCGGUCGACUUGGAGGACAUCACGGACGACGGCACCCAAAUGGGGGGCACGUCGCAGAGCCUCUCGGAGUACCACAACGCGGGCGCCCUGUCGGAGACAGAGCCAGAGACCGAGGUGGAGCAGGAGCUGUCACUCAUCAGCUACAGCCCCGCCUCCCGGAUGCACACAAGCAGCGUGUGACCUCGGCCACAGACCGCAUGUCCCAGAGGGGUCAAAGGGCGCCAUUCAUAUGAAUCAAAUGUACUUUUUUUUUUGCACGUGUUCAAACCAGCAAAGGAAUGAGAUUGUCCUUUCUGAAUAAAAAAAAAAAAAAAACAGUAUGGAAUUUAAGAGAAUCUCUGGUCUGACACCGCCCUCUGGUGGGCACAAGGAGAAGGCAGCAACUCCAAUCGCCUGCAAUGUCCUUACAAUAAAAAACUAAAUUAGAGAGCAAAAGGAAUGAAUAGAUAAUUAUAUUAGGUUAGAUGAAUCAGAGCUAUAUAUACUGUAGGUAUUCCUCACGUUUGCAAAGUGAAAUUGAGAGAAACAACACAAUGGUGGUGUGUCGUUCUGGAAAUUGGCUUUUGAAAAGGCAGUCCAAAGGUCAACGUAGAAAUCUUCCUUCAGAUGAGUUGAUGUCGCCUCAUUCAUGUUGCCCACAGCGGAAGUGACCGGCACCAUCUUUAUCGGGCCGGGAGAUCAACGAGCAGCGGGUUCAUCAGAAUGACAAGCAGGAGUCAGCUGAUUGGGAUUCUAUGCACCUUCUACAUGAACCACCACAAGGACUGACGACGCCCGACUUUGUUUGAGCCUUAAGGAGGUCUGCAGGAGGAGGGGCCGAUCACAAUGUCACUGUUUUUGUGGCAGCUAAUGACUACAAGUGUUUUGUUUUUUUCCCAAAGUGUGAGACAGGGGAGGUGCAGCAGCUUGGGAAAAAUAAAGAAAUACAUAUUUUUCAAACCCUCCAAGAUUACUAUAGCUAUUUGUCAGGGGAGUCCAAAUUUUAUUCCAGCGAGGGUCUCUUCCAGAAAGAAUUGAAGGAUAUGGGCGAUAUAGGGAGACACAUUUGAUACGUUUUGUACUUUAAACAUGCUCAAACUAAUCCAAUGGUAUGCUCAGCUAACAUAAUAAAACAUUGACAUCUUUACCAAUUAUCCCAGCAGGCAGAAGACAUUAAAACAAUGUUGAGAACUUGUUGAAUUAGAUCCUGACAUUGAGCAACUCAAACCUAACGUUGGAACAUGCGUUUCGACGAUGCUCUACCAUCUGAGCCGCACCACCCAUGGCUUUAGACUUAGACUUCCUUUUUAUUGUCAUUCAAAUUUAAACUUUACAGCACAGAUAAGAACGAAAUUUCGUUACAUAAGCUCAUGGUAGUGCAGGAUAAAAAAGCAAUAAGGUGCAUAUAUAAAUAAAUAAAUAUAUAUAAAUAAUAUAUAAAUAUAUAUAUAUAUAUAUAAAAUAAAUCAAUAUAUAUAAAUAUAUAAAUAGAUUACUGUACAGAUAAAUAUAUUGCACUUUUCCACAUGCGACCAUUUACGGUGAAAUUAUUAUCAUAUUCUGGCCAUUUUAAAUUGAGUUUGUUAGCAUUUUUUGUAAAAAAAAAAAUAAUACACUGUCUAUCUAGAGAUGUUAAUCACAUUUUUUUUUAAGUCAAAAACCUAACUAAUGCCUGCUCAGUGGCCUUAUGGUUAGAGUGUCCGCCCUGAGACUGGGAGGUUGUGAGUUCAAACCCUGGCCGAGUCAUACCAAAGACUACAAAAAAUUAGACCCAUUGCCUCCCUGCUUGGCACACAUCAUCAAGGGUUGGAAUUGGGGGUUAAAUCAAGUGAUUCCCAAGCGUGGCGCACGCUGCUGCUCACUGCUCCCCUCACCUCCCAGGGGGUAAACAUGGGGAUGAGUCCAAUGCA